AUGACAGAUAGAACACGAUCGGCAAUUCAAUAUAUCUACCCUCUUCGUUCGCAAUCAUGUCGCGAUUGCCGAGAUAAAGUAACACGCACAGCCAGCGAACUACAUCAGCAUACGGUUGAUCGUGCCCAACGUCGUUUUGAACGACAGUUAGCCAAUAGCGAACGAGAAUUGAGAUCAGCAAUGAAACAACGACGUGAUAAUUCGUCUUCCGUUGCAGAAAAACGUCAAGCUACGCAACAUCUUGAACAUCUUCGAACAACCUUGAACAAUGAUUAUUCACAACUAAUCCAAGCUUAUGUUCACGAACACAAAGAAAAGGUCGAUGAAGUUGAGAAAUAUAUACAUCAACGUUACGACGAAGACCGUCAUUACGAAAAAUCCUUAUCUCAAAAGAAAUUCAAAGACGCUAUUCAAGAAACUCAACUUCAAAGUGAAAAAGCUCGUUUAGAGUCGAUCAAUCAAAUCAUUCGCGAGCGUGACGCCGUUUGCGAAGAAAAAUUAGCUGCGCAAAAGAAUUUGUUCAAUCGUCUUCUGGAUGAGCAAGCACGACGCUUACGUGCAGAACAAGCUCUACAUGGAAAUAUCUCAUCGGCAUCUGCCGAACCAGUUGACAUGGCACAACUGAAAGGUCGUUUAGCGCGCGUCGAAUACGAACACCGAGAAAUCAAACAAUUAAUACUUGAUAUGCGCAAUGAUCUAGCAGCUCUAAUUACACAACAGCAUCCAACAUAUCGAAACACAGUUCAUAUACGAGACUUUCCAAUUAAACCUUAA